AUGGCUCCUGAAAAUCUGGACGAAAUCUUCGCUCAGCGUGCCACCGAGCUUCGCGAGUACAUCUUCUCCCAGCCAGCUAGUAACUUUGAGAACAACCCCUGGGCCGUGGCCAACGCUAUUGAAACCUUUUCCAACGAGAAGGGCCGCAUGAUGAUCUUCCGAGCUCAAAAAGUCGACGUCGCCAAGGAAGCUCUUCUGGCCCAAAAGCCUACACCCCGUACCAUCCUUGAAUUUGGCACAUUCGUUGGCAAAUCUGCCCUGGCCUGGGGUGCUAUUCUCCGUGAUAUCCACGGUGAGAAUGUUCCCGAGGACGUCAAUGUGUAUACCUUCGACCCAAACCCGCAGAUGGUUGCUUUGACUCGGGAACUGGUUAAGCUCGCUGGUAUAGAAGACAUCGUGCAUGUUCUUGAGGGUCCGGGAUCCGAUUGCUUGCAGAAGCUGGUUGACGAGGGCAAGGUUACCAGUGUUGAUAUGGCUUUCUUUGAUCACUGGGAGAAGUUUUACUUGUCUGACCUCAAGCUUAUCGAGCAGUUGAAGCUGUGGCGUGAGGGAUCAUUGGCAAUCGCUGAUAACACUGAUUUCCCUGGCGCGCCGGACUACCUGGUAUAUGUCAGGGCUGGUGGCAGCGGUGCUGCUGGCGCUGUGAAGUAUGAGACCAAGAGUAUUGAGACCCAGGGUGGACGUGGCCCGCUAUACGUUGCGGACUUUCGGGCGCCAACAAUCAACGUCAACUGGACCGUCUUCUCCCUUAUAAUCAUCAACAAGGCCGGUGGCUUAAUCUACCAACGCGAAUUCCAAGCCGGUCUGCACAAGCUCUCCACAAAUGACUACCUAGUCCUUGCCGGUACCUUUCAUGGUGUCCACGCGAUCACCCGCUCCAUCACGCCCAAAAUCCCGCUCCAAACUACCGCUUCCCCCGUUCCCUCCUCCCCGGGCGCGAAUCCUCCCUCCACAUCUGGAUACAGUUACCCAGUCCCUGGCGUCCCUGUCUCGGGUCUUGAACAACUUGAGACGGAUAAGUUUCGAUUGACUUGUUUCCAGACGCUGACGGGAACCAAGUUCUUGCUUUUUACGGAUCCGGUUUCGGGCAGUGUGGACUCGAUUAUCAAUAAGAUUUACGAGCUGUAUGCAGACUAUGUUAUGAAGAAUCCCUUCUAUCAGCUUGAGAUGCCGGUGCGCUGUGAAGCUUUUGAUCGGCAUCUUGGAGCUUGGUUGAGAGGAAGGACAUAA